AUGAGCGGCGAUGAACCCAUGGGCGACCAACCCCUCCGCCACCACCAUCAGCCCCGUGUGAGUCUGGUCGUCGCCGGCAGUGUUGAAGUCGCCCCGGUCCUGCCCAUCCACCAAGCACGAACCCGCGAGGAGCGAACCCAACACGACCUCGCACAACGUCUGGAUCUCGAGAGCGGAGGUCUCGAGCUGCAGGAGUUUUACCAUAACACCUCUUCCACAAGCAAAGGGAAAGAGAUACUUUCAGACGACGCGCACGAUCCUGAGACGAUCCCGUUCAUCGAAUACGACGACCUCUCUGCCUCCGACACAGACCCUCAGAUGCCACACAAGAAAUCCAAGUCCCGCUCGCCCAACCCACGAGGCAGCGGCCGCGGCAGCGUACGGGGCCAGAACGGCACUCUCUCACGGCAAUCCUCCAUCUCGUCCCUGGCAAACGGCCACACCGCCGACAGCGAGACCAUGAACGGCUCCAUGAUCGAACAGCGCCGAAAACACCACGCAUCCCUCGACAUCCACGAUGAAGACUCGGUAGACGCGCGGGAAAGGUUGAUGGGGAGGAGUGAUUUCAGUCUAGACGAUAUACCGCCUGCGACGCCGAACAAAGAGGAAGAGACCAAGCAGAAGGGCUUCUUCGAUCUCCCCGUGCAAGACAGGAGGAAUUUUCUCUUGCUGGUGCUGCUAUACUUUUUGCAGGGGAUACCCAUGGGCUUGGCGGGAGGCAGUGUACCGUUCUUGCUCAAGAGCCAUUUGAGUUACAGUCAGAUUGGUGUUUACUCUUUGGCGUCGUAUCCAUACAGUCUGAAGCUGCUGUGGAGUCCGAUUGUCGAUGCUGUGUGGAGUGGGAAGGUUGGGAGGCGGAAGAGCUGGAUUUUGCCGAUUCAGAUGAUCAGUGGGUUUGGUAUGAUUUGGCUGGGGACACAGGCUGAGCAGAUGAUGGUGAAGGCGGGAGAGAAUGGUGGUGCGGGUAUUUGGGGCUUCACGGGUUGGUGGUUUGCGCUGGUGUUCUUGUGUGCGACUCAGGAUAUUGCGGUUGACGGCUGGGCAUUGACACUGCUGUCUCAAAGCAACCUCUCAUACGCCAGUACCGCGCAGACUGUUGGCCUGACUGGAGGCCACUUCCUGUCGUUCACCGUCUUCCUCGCCCUCAACUCGCCCGACUUUGCCAACAAAUACUUCCGAUCGCAGCCCCUUGAAUAUGGUCUCAUGACCCUCAACUCAUACCUUACCUUCUGGGGCUGGUUCUACCUGGCCGUGACGCUUGGACUUGCACUUCUAAAGAAAGAGGAUCGAACCAAGGAGAAGGAGGGCAUUUGGGAUGUGUACAAGAUCAUGGGUGGAAUUCUCAAGUUGAGGAACAUCCAAAUCUUCAUCGUGAUCCACCUCAUUGCCAAGAUUGGCUUCCAAGCCAACGACGCCGUCACUAACCUCAAACUCCUGGAUAAGGGGUUCAGUCAGGAGGAUCUGGCUUUGACUGUCCUCAUCGACUUUCCGUUCGAGAUGGGACUGGGCUACUACGCUGGAAAAUGGAGUGAACAGUACCAACCGGUCAGAGUCUGGUGCUGGGCAUUUGUUGGCCGUCUUGUCGCUGCUGUGUUCGCCCAGAUCGUCGUCAUGUUCUUCCCGUCAACAGGCACCACCACAGGCUAUCUCAUCCUGAUCAUCGUGGAGCACGUCUUCAGCACCUUUAUGAGCACCGUCAUGUUCGUCGCCAUCUCGGCCUUCCACGCAAAGAUCUCGGAUCCUGCGAUAGGUGGCACGUACAUGACGCUUCUCGCAACCGUCUCCAACCUCGGCGGCACCUUUCCCCGCUACUUCAUCCUGCGCUUCGUCGACGCCUUCACCAAAGCCACUUGCACACCACCGUCAACACCACCCGCCGCCCUCAAAGGCGACCUCAUCACGCAGGCCUUCAGCUGUGUCGCGGAAGCCGAGAAGCACCGCUGCAUCGACGGCGGAGGCGCAUGCAACAUCGAGCGGGACGGCUACUACAUUGUAAAUAUAUUAUGCGUGCUAUUUGGCAUCGUGACCUUCUGGGGCUUCAUCAAGCCAGCGGCAUUGAAGCUGCAAGCCUUGCCAUUGAAGGCUUGGAGGUUGGCCAGUUGA